UCGAAAAAAUGGUAUGCUGACUUAUAAGAAACCAAAGAGAGAUAAAGAUAACACAACACCAAUACCUCAACUCAAACGCCUGUUUCGCCUAACCAAAGGAAGCUCCACUGCGGUUUCCGUUUCCUCUCUGCCUUCACCACUCUCUUUUUUUUCUCAACAGGAACAAAGAAAAAUGGAAGUUGCGGCAGCGAAAGCCCUGAAACCAAGCCUUCGGACAGAGUUCAUUUUCCCUCAAGCAAUUUACGACGAGAUUUUGUGUUUUAACGCCAACAACGUUGUUGCCGGCGAAGAUUUCUCCGUGGACGACCUACUCGACUUCUCCAACGGCGAAUUCCAAGUUGGGAAAGAUUUCGAUGACUACGAGGAAGACGAAGACGAAGAAAAAGGCAGCACCUCCGGUUCCUUGCAGUCGCAGGACAGAACCGAAGACGACAGCAACUCUAAUUCCACCGCCGGAGGCGGCGGAGACUCCGUUUUCGCCGGCGAGUUGUCAGUUCCGGCGGAUGACGUGGCAGACUUGGAAUGGGUUUCUCACUUUGUGGACGAUUCUCUCCCGGAGUUAUCUCUAUUGUACCCAGUCCGUUGUUCCGAGCAAACAAGGGUAUGUACCGAACCGGAACCCAGACCGGGCUCGGUCCAAACCAUUCCAGCAGUUCCAAGAAAGCCGAGAACCGGAAAGACUAGAAAGCCCAACGCUCGUGUCUGGUCCUCGAUGUCGUCUUUGUGUUCUUCGGUGACGGCCAAGAAACAGAAGAAAAAGGUCGAGGCCCAAAACGGUGGGGCCCAGUCUCUGCGACGGUGCAGCCACUGCCAGGUGCAAAAAACGCCACAGUGGAGAACCGGCCCACUAGGGCCCAAAACACUUUGCAACGCUUGUGGAGUUCGGUUCAAGUCCGGUCGACUUUUUCCAGAGUAUAGACCAGCCUGUAGCCCAACUUUUUCUGACGAUAUUCACUCCAACAGCCAUCGUAAAGUGUUGGAGAUGAGACGAAAAAAGGAGAUAGUUGAAUCGGACCGGAUUCAAUUGAUCCCAAGUUGUUAAUUUUUGUUAGACUGAAUUUAGAUGCAGUUCAUUAAGUAUUUCUAGUAGAGUAGUAUUGUUUUUUUCCGUUAGAAUUAAAGUUUGACCUCAUUAAUAUGCAUAUAAAAGUUUGCAUAAUUGAGAUAAAAUUAUAAUUCUAACAAGGCUAUCUAAGGAUUUAUGUUUUUAGAUUCCAAUAGGUUAUAGAUCAGAAAUAGGUCAACGAAUCGGUCUGAGCUGGUUUGGUAUUUGUUCCAUAGUUAGUGAUUUAAAUUAGUGCUAGUCAGGUAAGGAAGAACUAAGUGAUAACGGACAUUAGGAGAGCAUUGAUAGUUUGUAUCCCAUUUUCCUAGCGCAGUUGAUUUAAUUAAUGAGAUGUAGUUAAGUUGAGGAAAAAAAACUAAAUUAUUUAUGAGGACAUCUUUCUAUAUAUAUUCAAGUUGGGUUGAUAUUUUAUUUGUCUCUCUGUCAAGCUUACUGGAUUUUGAAUUUUGAUUGAAUUAUUCAGCGAUGUGCUGUUAGAUUGUGUGCAUGUAUGUGUAAGAGGGAAAGAAGGAGGAAAGGUCAGCUGAGAGUGAUGGAAGCAUUAAAGUUGAGUGGCCUUGAUUUGAGACCAUGGAGACUGUGCUACCGCCAAAUCGAGUGGUCAAGUAGGAUGAAGUGGACUACUAUUAUUAAUUUAUUACCUAUGUUAGUUUCAUAUUAUGCUCAUA